CAAAACCAAUGGCACAUCCGACCAAAGAUUUGGUGGCACCAUCAAAGUGAACCAACACUGAACUAGGAGGUAUGGAAGGAAGGGGUGAUCACGAGGUAAAACCCCACUAGAAACAGGAGUACAACGAGGCAAAGAUCUCUCCGGAAGAGCCUGUGCUAGCUCCCAUUCAGCAACCUGAGAGUAAUAAUGUCGUAAUAAAACAUGAGAGAGAUCCUGAAUACCAUCAUAAGUUGCCGAAAUCUGGACUUCCAGAGCCUCCAGUACAGAAAAACCAACCGUGAAAUCUCUACUUUGGAUAAACCUGCAUCAAAAAAUAGCCUACGCCAACCUAUCGCAACAUGGCACAAGCGAAAUUGAGCAAGAAUAAGAUUGAACCCCAACAAAUCCCACAACUCCAAAGCAAUCCGACAAUCCAAAAAAUAAUGAGCAAGAGUCUCUGCCUCACCACCACAGACAGGACAAGCGUAAGCCUCAAUAUCAUCAUCAACUAUCAAUUCCUUAUCAUGAAGCACAUCUGGAAUAGGGAGAAACCCUUUAACCACGCGCCAAAGAAAAAAUUUAAGAUUUGGGGGAACAGGAAGUGACCAAAGAAACUUCCAAGAGCGGGAGUCAAAGGACGAUGGAAUCGUGGAAAAAUCAACAAUGUACUAAGCCGCAGCUAAACGAUAAUCAGAUUUCAUAGAAUAUUCACUUGAAAUUUCAUAAUGCCAAAUCAAGCGGUCAGCCACAGGAAAAAUUGGAGAGGAAUAGCCAUGAUGAUCUGGACAGUGACAGUAUCAAAGAGGUAUGAAAGAACGCCAAUCCUGAUUAUUAUUAAUUAAUGAGUGACCGAAGCAUAUAAGAAGAAGCAAAAAAGUAUACGCACUACGCAGUUAAGCUCAGAACGCCAAUCCAUAAAAAUAAUAAGAAGGAAAAAGGACGGAACGCCAAUUAAUAAAUAAAUAAAAACGACAAUUCAAUUCACGAACGAGGAAGAGGAAGAAGGGGCAAAAUGGGGAAUUGGAACUGUUUGGAGAGUUAGCUCCAUCGACAUUCGACAGACAGCAUAAAUUGGAGAGGUAGUUGCUGGCACUGGCAGAUAGUUUGAGUUGCACUAAUUAGUAAUUACAACUCUCGCCUCAAUUUCCCUUUUUCUUUUCCCCAUUCUUGCGCUCUUUUCCCUUCCCCCAAUUUCCCUAAUUCAGUUCCAUUCAUCCCCUCCCCCAAAUUUCUCUCUCUCUCUCUCUCUCUUUCCUGCCGUCCCUUCUCCCCGGCCGGAUCGGAUUCCCUCUCCUUUUCCUUUCCCUUAUCCAACAAUGGAUCCCCGCCGCCGAUCCACGAAAAAGCCAGUUGUUGUCGUCCAGUCCCUCGAUCGCCUCCACCACCACCACCAUGGCCCUCCCUCCUCCGCCGCCGCCGCCACCCACCACCAGGAAGACAGCCACCGCCGGGCAUCCGACGCCCUCCCUCUCCCACUCUACCUCACCAACGCCCUCUUCUUCACCCUCUUCUUCUCCGUCGUCUACUUCCUCCUCACCCGCUGGCGGGAGAAGAUCCGCACCUCCACCCCUCUCCACGUCCUCACCUUCUCCGAAAUCCUCGCCGUCCUCGCCUUCCUCGCCUCCUUCGUCUACCUCCUCGGCUUCUUCGGCAUCGACUUCGUCCAGUCCCUCCUCCUCCGCCCCUCCCUCGACGAAGACGAGGAGGAGGACGUCGACCUCCCUGUUGACGCCAGAUUCGCCGCCUGUCCCCAAUCCCUCGAUUGCGCCACCGCCGCUCCUCCCCCCAUGGAAUUGUUGCCCCAGGACGACGAGGAGGUCGUCCAGUCCGUCGUCUCCGGCGCCCUGCCUUCCUACUCCCUCGAAUCCAAAUUGGGGGAUUGCAAGCGCGCCGCCUCCAUCCGCCGCGAGGCCCUGCAGAGGAUCACCGGCCGUUCUCUAACCGGGUUGCCACUCGAUGGAUUCGACUACGACUCGAUCCUGGGCCAGUGCUGCGAGAUGCCAGUCGGGUACGUCCAGAUCCCCGUCGGGAUCGCGGGGCCAUUGCUGCUCGACGGCAGCGAGUACUCCGUCCCCAUGGCCACCACCGAAGGAUGCUUGGUCGCCAGCACCAACCGCGGCUGCAAGGCGAUUCACUUGUCCGGCGGGGCCAACAGCGUGCUUCUCAAGGACGGGAUGACCAGGGCUCCCGUCGUCCGGUUGCCCAACAUCGAGAGGGCCGCCCAGCUCAAGUUCUACCUCGAGGACCCCCACAAUUUCGACACGGUUUCCAUGGUUUUCAACAAAUCCAGCAGGUUCGCCAGGCUCCAGAGCGCCAGGUGUACCAUGUCCGGGAGGAGCGUCUACAUCAGGUUCUGCUGCAGCACAGGGGACGCCAUGGGGAUGAACAUGGUCUCCAAAGGGGUUCAGAAUGUGCUGGAUUUCCUGCAGGCCGAUUUCCCUGACAUGGACGUCAUCGCCAUCUCCGGCAACUUGUGCUCGGACAAGAAGCCUGCAGCAGUGAACUGGAUAGAAGGGAGAGGGAAGUCAGUGGUGUGCGAGGCUGUGAUCAAAGGAGACGUGGUGAAGAAGGUAUUGAAGACCAGCGUGAAGUCACUGGUUGAGCUUAACAAGGACAAGAAUCUGGUUGGUUCAGCCAUGGCAGGUGCUCUUGGUGGGUUCAAUGCGCAUGCUAGCAACAUCGUCAGUGCUGUGUACCUAGCCACCGGCCAGGAUCCAGCUCAGAAUGUGGAGAGCUCCCACUGCAUCACUUUGAUGGAAAGUACGAAUGAGGGGCAGGAUCUCCAUGUCUCGGUCACCAUGCCUUGCAUCGAGGUUGGAACGGUGGGAGGUGGGACGCAGCUUGCAUCGCAGUCAGCGUGCUUGAACCUGCUCGGGGUGAAGGGCGCUCACAAGGAGACACCUGGGGCGAAUGCGAGGCGACUGGCAACCAUAGUGGCAGGCUCUGUUCUCGCCGGUGAGCUGUCCCUUAUGUCUGCACUCGCAGCAGGACAGCUGGUGAAGAGUCACAUGAAGUACAACAGAUCCAGCAAGGAUGUCACCACCCACGCUGCUGCUCCUGCUGCUGCUUCCUCGUAAUUUAUAUUUCUUAGAGGAGGAGAGGGGAGAGAGCUGUUUUUAACUAUGCUGGCGCUUGGUUUGGGGAAAUCUGAGGGCCAAGGGGGGAGGGGAAAAGGCUUGUAAUUGCAUUCUGGAAUGGGAGAACACGAGAGAAGAAGAAGAAGAAGAACCCCACCAAGGCAAUUUGUGAUUCUUUUGUUUACUGUCUCGUGUGAGGGAUUAGGGUUUUCCUGCCAUUGUCAAGUUUGAUCAAAUUGCAACUACUACUAUAUAUUUUUAAAUUUAUUUUUCCCAGUGUACGAUUUGCGUUUGAUAAUAUAUGAUCAUGAAAGUAGAACCAUAUUUUGCUUGCUGGUGUUUUUAGCGUGUUUAUGGAAACUGUGUUUGUUAGCAGAAAAUAGGGGCAAACAUGACAUAAAGUCAUAAACCCAUGAGAGACAAGACAAAACGUGUAAUUAGUAGUCCGCAAAAGUGGCCUUAGUACAGCAACUUAAGUGCCUUUCUAUGUAUCAAUCAAUCAAAAUCAAAAUCAAGAGAGAUUCAUUUUAGUUAAUAUGGUGGAUGGAUGGAUUACUGAAAGCAAAGGCGGAAAGGAAAAUUGUCGUUGGUCAUCGAUGAAGGAAUUAUAAGUCAAAACUAAAACUGGACUUUGGCAUGCGUGUGUAAUAGUAACAUGAUCGUGGACCAUGGGAUCUUUCAAGAGUCGGCCAUACCUGUAACUGGGAAUCUGAACUUUCAGUUGGUUGAGCAGAAUACGUCAACCGAAGGCGAUUUGAUAACGGAAAACCCAAAUCCACAGCCAUUUCAAUCCACUUCCUAUACAUAUUUCUACUUCCUAUCAUCUGUGAAAUGGGACGGCGGAUCCAGGACUUAUUGGGCCGCAUUUGAAUAGAAUAUUAGAUACCGUGCUGAUUUAUGCAGUCGUUUCAGGGUAGUUCGAGCGGGCUUUAGUCGGGCGAACUAUCAUGGUUGGUCCGGUUGAAGUAACGAAGUCUCGAAACAAUAUAAUAAAUAAUUUUGAGAUGAGCAUGACCCAUGAUGAUGCAGAUCCAUAUUAUACUUGUAGAUGGGUUUGUUUACACCUUUAAACACCCGACCCAUUCACCUCGGUUUGGUAAAGUUAUAACCCAAAUCCAAUAGAAAAUAAUGAAACCCGUCAAAAUCGGGUGAUGCAUGGAUCGGUUUGAAUUACUGGGUCAAUUUUCAUUAUUUAUGUGAAAUGAAUUGAUCAUCUAUUAUUUGAAUGAUCAAACCCGAAAAUAUCCUCCCACUUGCUUUUGCCUAAUUAGUUUUCGACAAUUAACCGCUACCUACUUUGGCUUUGACUAUAAUGUCAACACAUCCAAAUCCCAUCACAUAAGUGGCAACUAGCACUGCCGCCCGUUAAAACUAUGAUGCUUAGUUUUGGAAACCCAUUUCCAGUCGGCUAACCUAAAAAAACUGUGUAUAUUUUGGGUUGGGACUGAAGUGCUGGUAAGUGACAAGUGAAAGAACAAAGAUGGGCAUGCACUGAUGCACAGUUUAAUCAGGUUCAUUGCUCACAAAGCCAGCAUUUUUUUUUUUAUUUUUUAUGAGAGAAAAGGCCAAUAGAAAAGACACCCACAUGUGUUUAUGUAGUGUACUGUAGUGGGCAAAGGUAGUGGCGCAAUAAUGCUGCCGGAGUGGGGCUGGCUGGCUGUAUUAGAAAAUUUUGGCUGCAUAAUUAAGGCACUUGCUGUUGUGUUUGCAGUUUGCACCAAGGUUGUCAAACCGGUUUAUACCGUUGUGCCAGUUUGGCAAGUGGAAUGGUACGACCGGUGGUAUAACCAGUUGGUGCCGGUUCAUACCGGUUUAAAAAAUGUGAAAACAAUUA